GGAAGAGGGAGAGCAGGGAGAGAUCAACACAGUGAGUGAACGUAUCGACCUCCUCGACCUUGUGAUAUCUCGGCAAGCUCCAGUCAAACUCGUUCAACAAUUCUAAUCUAAACUAGAUCAAUCUAAACUAGAUCAGCUUCACCGCCUCAUUUAACAUCGCAAACAUGUCCUUCCUCGACCAAGCCAAGAACCUCGCCAACCAGGCCGUCAACACCGCCUCUCAGACGAUCAACACCAUCGCUGCCCACCCGACCGUACAGCAGGCGGGGAACACCAUCUCCCUCGCCGCUUCCACUGCUGCGGAACGAGCUGGGCCCGUCCUCAGGGACGCUGCGCAGACUACGGGGGCUGCUGCGCAGAAGGGAUUCCAACAGGCCCAAGCUGCCGCUCAUAACCUCGCCCCGGGUGUUAUCCCCGCCGGUGCCCCGAAGGGAAACGUCCUAGGAUCCGGAUCUGUUGACAAGUCGCACGACCUGAAACCUUCUCACCCGUCUUCGGCCACGUCCGACCUGGAAUCACACAUCUCCUCCCGCCCCUCUCCCGGUGAACUGCAGGACAAGCAUAUUCUGCUAGGACAGCCUGGGGACGCUUUGGCGGGUAAGAAGCAGGAUUUGGAGACGGCGCAGAAGAAGGACAAGUUGGAUGGGUUUUUGCAAGGACGGGAGGGGCCGGAGGGGUUGGUCAAGAAGGGGAUCUUGAACGCCAACGAAGUCCCUCCCAAGGCAUAAAUCAAGAUACCCCCUCAAUCGCUUCGCUUUUCCCACCUAUUUCCGACACUGCCUCUCGAGACUUUUAACCUUGAACCUUUGAACCUGGAUCUGGACCUGGACCUGGAUCUGGACCUGGAUCUGGAUUCGACACUUGUGGACCGGAACUUAUAACGCUGUUUGUAGGAUACUGAACAUUAUAUGAUAUGAAUUGACCUUA